AUGCAACAAGACGAUGAUUCUUUAACCAAUCGAUCGUCACCUCCAAUGGCAUCAAAAGAUUCACGAUUGCAACCACCAACUAGAACAAUAAUAAGACAACAAAAAUUAAAAUAUACAUUUAUUGGUUAUAUUAUUGUAUUAAUAUUUCUUGCCAUUACUCAGUUUAUUGGUGUUGGAUUUUUCAAAGAAGGUUUUUUACUUUCACGUACCGUAUUACCAAAUAUUUCCAAUUGUUCACAACAAAUUGAUUGUAUGACACCCAGAUUUGAAAAAGCUAUACUAUUGGUUAUUGAUGCUCUAAGAUUUGAUUUUGUGAUACCAAUACCGGGGUCAAAUGAAUAUUAUCAUAAUAAUUUCCCCAUUUUAUAUGAUUUAGCAUCAUCUUCGCAAAAUAAUGCCAUAUUAUUGAAAUUUAUUGCUGAUCCACCUACAACUACAUUACAACGCUUAAAAGGGUUAACCACAGGGUCAUUACCAACAUUUAUUGAUGCGGGAUCAAAUUUCAAUGGGGAUGCCAUUGAUGAAGAUAAUUGGUUACUACAAUUACAUAAAAUAAAUAAAACCAUAGCGUUUAUGGGUGAUGAUACAUGGAAGGCAUUGUUUAAUGAAUAUAUUCAUCCUGAUUUUAACUUCCCUUAUGAUUCAUUAAAUGUUUGGGAUUUAGAUACUGUUGAUAAUGGAGUUAUUGAACAUUUAUUUCCUUUAAUCAGUAAAGAAAAUUGUACAAAAUGGGAUUUGUUAGUAGGGCAUUUUUUAGGAGUGGAUCAUGUUGGACAUCGAUUUGGUCCCCAACACUAUUCUAUGAAAGAUAAAUUAAAUCAAAUGAAUCAAGUCAUUUCCAAAGUGAUUGAAAAUAUUGAUGAUAAAACCGUGUUAAUCGUAAUGGGAGAUCAUGGGAUGGAUUCAACGGGUAAUCAUGGAGGUGAUGCCCCUGAUGAAUUAGAAAGUACAUUAUUUAUGUAUGCUAAAAAUAAGAAAUUUUUGAAAAAAGAUCAAUCAUUUUAUAAUAUUAGCGGAUUGGGUGAAAAUUAUCGAUCAGUUAAUCAAAUUGAUUUAGUGCCCACAAUCUCAUUGUUAUUAGGGUUACCUAUACCUUAUAAUAAUCUUGGAUUCCCCAUUGAUGAAGCAUUUGGGAAUGUAGAUGAAUUAUCAGUGGCAUCACAAAAGACAAUCAAUCAAAUAAAGGCAUUUAGAGAUGAUACACCUAAUUUAUCAGGAUCAUUAAUUGAGCAAUAUCAAUCAUACGCAACCAACUAUUCUAGAUUUGGUGGGAAAUCCAAGAAGCAUUAUUGGCAAUUAAUUGAACAAGCCAAACAAUAUCAAUCAUUAUCUUUAGAACAAUGUAAAACAUUAUGGGCAAGAUUUGAUUUAAGAUUCAUUGGUAUUGGGAUUGGUAUUCUUUUCCUUGCAUUGACAUUUAUGAUAACUUAUGCAAGAUCAAUACCUGCUGUACGAGUACUGACAAUGUCAUUUGAAUUUAUUGGAUCAGUGGUGGCGAUGACAAUAAUGGGAUUGGUUUUAAGUUUUUCAAUUUAUAUUGUAUUAAAACCAGGAGAUUUCACCUUGAAAAUUUGUUUGGCUAUUGGGGCCGCCUUGGGUAUGGUGAUUGGAUUUUGGGCUCCUAUAAUGGAUAGAUUUAGUGUGGGGUUUAUUUGGCAUCAAACAGUGGAUUUUUUCCUUUAUAAUUUCAAUAGUUGGUCUCUUAUGGGGAUUUUAUUUGUUUCUUUUCAUUGUUUAAUAUUUGCAUCUAAUUCAUAUGUUGUUUGGGAAGAUAAAAUGGUUCUGUAUUUUUUGAUAACUUUUGGUGCUUGUUGUGUUUAUGCAUGUUUUAUAAAUAAUAAACUCCCUGAAAGAGCAAAAAUAUUGGCCAUUCUGCAUGCCAUUACUUUCACUAUUUGUACUCGUAUUGUAUCAAUGGUUAAUUUAUGUCGUGAAGAACAACGACCAUAUUGUGAACCAAAUUUCACUAAUAGUUGGUGGUCAGUACUAUUGUUACAUUUUGCUGCUUAUUUAUUACCGGCAUGUAUCAAAUCAUUUUAUAUGUUAUCAGAUUCUUAUCAUUCAGCAGCACCAUUAUGGAUAGGUACGGGUGUGAAGUUUUUGUUAUUUAUGAAUGCCGUUUAUUGGACAUUUGAAUAUGUUUCCAAUAGUGAAUAUUUCAAUAAAUUGAAUUUGAUUAUAGGGUUAUCAUUGAUAAAAUCAUUGAAAUUAGCAAUUGCUAGAUUGGUUUUAUUUAUUUCAUUGAUUUUAGCCAAUUUCAGUUGGUCAAGAGGUCCCUUGUGUGUUAAAUUAGAGUUGUCAGAGGCAUCAAAUACAAUUGAUAUUGAAGAAUCCGAUGAUAUGAGUCCUGGCAUUAAUAAUAAUAACAACAAUAGCAACAACAAAACAGCUACUAUUCUUGGGUAUGGAAAUGUUUAUGGAUCAUCUUACUUUUUGUUGGUAUUAAACUUUACUGUGGCUAUAAUGUUGACAACUAAACCCCUUGGGUCGUUAUCAAUAAGCUUACUAAUUGUUCAGAUAUUAUCAUUAUUAGAAAUAUUAGAUGUUUUAUCAAUAAGACGGAAUUUAAUUACCCCAAUUAUUUUCGGUUUAUUAGGAUAUCAACAUUUUUUCAGUACGGGACAUCAAGCCACUAUUCCAUCAAUUCAAUGGGAACUAGGAUUUAUGACAACAGAAACAAUUGUUUUCCCAUUCACUCAUUUGAAUAUUUUUUUAAAUACUUUUGGACCAUUUUUCAUUCCGGCAUUAGCUAUACCUUUAAUAACCAUUUGGAAAAUUGUUCCUUCAUCCAAACCAAUAACUUUAUUAUCACAAAUCAUUACUAAUAUAACCACUUUAAUUACUUAUCAUUUGUUUACUGGAUUAAGUAGUUUAAUAUUUGCCGCUCAUUUUAGAAGACAUUUAAUGGUUUGGAAGAUUUUUGCUCCCAGAUUUAUGUUGAGUGGAUUAUUGAUUAUUAGUUUGAAUUUGUUUCUUAUAUUUGUUGCCUUAUGGUUUGGUACAUCAAAAAUUUUGACACAAAUUAAUAGAAUAUUUGGAAAGUAA